UGACCCACAAAGACGCAUGGAAUCUUUUCCCUUAGUCAUGAAAUUCUCAGGGUUACAGAGCAGUGAUACGGAUAUUGUCUGUCUUGAGCUCCCUUCUAUACACGAUGCACCCUUGUGCACGAGUCAAAAUUAUAUAAACUUUAGAGCCAGUUCGGCGCAUCGUCUGUCCAGAGUCUGCGGCCGGGGCGCCCCGAGAAGACAAGGGACUAUGGCCUACCACAGCUUCCUGGUGGAGCCCAUCAGCUGCCAUGCCUGGAAUAAGGACCGAACACAGAUCGCCCGCCAUCUGCCCCAACAACCAUGAGGUGCACAUCUCUGAGAAGAGUGGUGCCAAGUGGAGCAAGGUUCACGAGCUGAAGGAGCACAAUGGGCAGGUGACAGGCAUCGACUGGGCCCCUGAGAGACACCGCAUUGUGACCUGCGGCACAGACCGCAAUGCCUAUGUGUGGACGCUGAAGGGCCGCACGUGGAAGCCCACUCUGGUCAUCCUGCGGAUCAACCAAGCUGUGCGCUGUGUGCGCUGGGCCCCCAAUGAGAACAAGUUGGCCGUGGGCAGCGGCUCCCGUGUCAUCUCCAUCUGUUAUUUUGAGCAGGAGAAUGAUUGGUGGGUGUGCAAGCACAUCAAAAAGCCCAUCCGCUCCACGGUCCUCAGCGUGGACUGGCACCCCAACAACGUGCUCCUAGCUGCGGGCUCCUGUGACUUCAAAUGCAGCAUCUUCUCUGCCUAUAUCAAGGAGGUGGAGGAGCGGCCGGUGCCUACACCGUGGGGCUCUAAGAUGCCUUUUGGGGAGCUGAUGUUCGAGUCAAGCAGCAGCUGUGGCUGGGUGCAUGGUGUCUGCUUUUCAGCCAGCGGGAGCCGUGUGGCGUGGGUAAGCCAUGACAGCACCGUGUGCCUGGCAGACGCUGACAAGAAGCUGACGGAUGCAACCCUGGCCUCUGAAACCUUGCCGCUCCUGGCCAUCACCUUCAUCACAGAAAACAGUCUAGUGGCAGCGGGCCACGACUGCUUCCCUGUGCUAUUUACCUAUGAAAUGAGCUUUGGUGGUCGGCUGGAUGUGCCCAAGCAGAGCUCCCAGCGUGGCCUGACAGCCCGAGAACGCUUCCAGAACCUCGACAAAAAGGCCAGCUCUGAGGGUGGUGCAGCCAAGUGCUCGCAGUUCUGCACUACAGGCAUGGAUGGUGGCAUGAGCAUCUGGGAUGUGAAGAGAUUGGAGUCAGCCUUGAAGGACCUGAAGAUCAAAUGAGCUGUGGGAUACCACCAUCAUCCCAGCUGCUUUGAAAAAGGGAAAGGGACAGGGGAGGCCAAGGGUUGCUUUGCUGAAUGCUUCUAGGGUGCCAGUACGGGGCUGCUCCCCAAGAAGGGAGGAAACAAGUAGGAAUUUUCCUACCUGUUUAAGGAACAGGUGCCUUUUAAAGAAAUGCUUUCACUUAUUGCUUUAAAAAGAAAGGAAGAAAAAAAAAGCCCCUAAGCACAAUGCUGGCCAUGAAUGGCUUUAGAAUAUGGGGUAAUAAACACACCAACUGCAA